UUGCUUUGUAAGAGUAGAGCCUCUGAAGGCUACACAUGCGAGGGCUGGGACCCGACACAAAUGGACCACCAUUAUAGUGGCCUUAGAUACUGAAAGUGCCAUGUUGUCUGGAUCAAGCGAAGUCAAUGCCCCACCCAUUGCAAUCAAAGAACUGGGGUUUUCUUCAAAACCCACUUCUCCGAUAUAGAGUGGUCAGACAGCAUGUGUCCCGAGAGCAACCCUUAGAAGGAGACCAAGACCUGGGAAAGGACGGGAAAUUGUUCCUGGCAUUUGAUAUGGAAUUGGCCUUUCGCUUUCCAUCAAAUAUCCCGGGUAUUCUCAGGGAGUUUGCGGGAUCCCCGUGCCUUGCACCGCGUUCUUGGAGGCUUACGAAGAGUGCUGAUUCGAGAUUAGAUAGAAAGCGUCAACCGACAGGAGAAGAAGUCCCAAGAAUGGCAGGACUUCGCACAGAAGCGAAUAUUGCCCCGGCUCCAAACGAAAAGCUAUUGCACGAAUUCACUCUGUCUGUAGCGGAAAGUCUGGACAGGCUCCAAGCGCGUGUUGUGGGACAGAACCAUGCCCCACUGCUCAACAAGUACCCAGUACCACUCAAUGCUGGACAUUUAAUAUUAAUUCUGGUCCUGGUGGAGCAGCUGAUCAAAAAUUGCUCUUCAAGAAAUGGAAAAGAGAAGAUUUGCAUGAAAAAAAUUUGCUCAAGAAGGCCAAAGGACUCCGAACUUUCACCUGCAGCGCCCAGUUCCUGAUUGCCAAGCAGCCAUUGGACCCGGAAGUUGACUGCACGUUCAACAUCAAUCUGAUUUUCCCAGAAGUACCCAUCCCAAACAUUCCACCUUUCUGCUAGGCUCUUGGAUCCGACUUGCCCAAGAAAAAAGGUCGAGAGGAGUUCGCGAGGUACAGCAAGCGCCAAAUGGUUCUUAUAUCAGGCAUUCAACCGCAUCACAACUGAC